UUUCUCACUUUUUUUCCUCACUUUUAACAUGAUGGUAGAGUAGUAAAAGCGCUCCUAUCUUUAUCUCUCUCUCUCUCUCACUCUCUGUGUCGCAUAUCACAUCCCAAGCAGUCUCAGCAUUGCAGCAAUAGCACCAGGGCAAGGCACUGCUGCUCUGUGUCUCAGUCUUGCAGACGGGCAAAAAAGAGGAGAAAAGUAGAAAACCCAUUGAAAACUUUUUAAAGAAAAUAAUAAGAACAGCAAAAUAUUAAACCCUCUCCUCCAUUAAUACCAUUUCAUCCCCAAAUUUACUUUAUUUUUAACAAAAAUUGAUGGCUUUUUCAUUUGAGUGAGAGAAAAAGAGAGAAAGAGUCUUGACUCACCCAACCCCAUCUCCCUUUUAUUAAGCAAAUGCCAAAGUUGCACUGAUGCAGCAAUGAAAACCAUUCUCUUUUCUCUCUAUAACCAAACCACUUGUCUAAAUCUUUUCUUUCUUCAAUUCUGUACUCUUGUUGGUUAGUUGGGGUUUGAGGAUAAAAUGGUGGGCAUUAUAGAUCUUAAUACCACGGAGGAGGAUGAAACGACACCGUCUUCUGUGUCUUUGUCUUCUCCAUCCUCGUCUUCUGCUUCUGCUUUAAGUGCUUCUAAUUUAAGUCCUCCUGGUUCUUCUGCUUCUUCUACAGUGUGUUUGGAACUUUGGCAUGCUUGUGCGGGCCCACUCAUAUCCUUGCCUAAGAGAGGGAGUGUGGUCGUGUACUUCCCUCAGGGCCACUUGGAGCAACUCCCUGAUUUGCCGCUUGCUGCCUGCGAUCUCCCUUCUCAUAUAUUCUGUCGGGUUGUUGACGUCAAGCUCCAUGCAGAGGCAGCCAAUGAUGAUGUUUAUGCACAAGUGUCUCUUGUUCCUGAGAAUGAGCAAAUUGGGCAGGAGUUGAAGGAAAGGAAAAUUGAGGGGGAUGGUGAAGAGGAGGAUAUGAAAGCAGCUGUGAAGUCAAGAACACCCCACAUGUUCUGCAAAACCCUUACUGCUUCUGAUACUAGCACUCAUGGAGGUUUUUCCGUCCCUCGUCGGGCUGCUGAGGACUGCUUCCCUCCCUUGGAUUAUUCUCAGCAGAGGCCUUCACAAGAGCUUGUAGCAAAGGAUCUCCAUGGCUUUGAGUGGAGGUUUCGUCAUAUCUACCGCGGGCAACCGCGGAGGCAUUUGCUCACUACUGGAUGGAGUGCAUUUGUAAACAAGAAGAAACUUGUCUCUGGAGAUGCUGUGCUCUUUCUUAGGGGUGCGGAUGGAGAAUUGAGACUGGGAAUUCGAAGAGCUGCACAAGUUAAAUGUGGGGCUACUUUACCAGCUCAAUGUAGUCAGCAGUUGAAUCACAGCACUCUCACAGAUGUAGUUAAUGCUAUAUCUAUGAGAAGCGUUUUCAACAUUUACUACAACCCAAGGGCCAGCUUGUCGGAGUUUAUAAUACCUUUUCAUAAAUUCUUGAAGAGCCUUGAUCAUUCUUUUUCUAUUGGAAUGAGGUUCAAAAUGCGUUUUGAAACAGAAGAUGCAGCAGAAAGAAGAUACGUGGGAAUGAUAACUGGAAUCAGUGACCUAGAUCCUGCUAGAUGGCCUGGUUCAAAGUGGAGAUGCCUUCGGGUAAGGUGGGAUGAUAUGGAGACUAGCAGGCACAGUAGGGUUUCUCCUUGGGAAAUUGAGCCAUCUGGUCCUGUUUCCAGUUGCAGUACUUUUAUGGCACCUGGUCUGAAGAGAAGCAGGUCCGGAUUGCCUUCAUCAAAACAUGAAUUUCCAGUUCCUGAUGGGAUUGGUGUAUCAGACUUUGGGGAAUCUUCAAGGUUCCAGAAGGUCUUGCAAGGUCAAGAAAUUUUGAGUUUUAACACUCCUUAUGAUGGUGUUGAUCAGAAUCGGCAUCUGUCUGAGACAAGGAGGUGUGUCCCUAGCUCACUUGGUUCUGGGAUUGCUACAAGAAGAAAUGGUGCCGAAGGACCAGUUGCGAGCUCUGAUGUUUCCCAUAAAGGCAUAGGCUGUAGUGAAUCUUUUAGAUUGCACAAGGUCUUGCAAGGUCAAGAAAUAAUUCCAAGAUCACCAUUUAGAAGAUCCCCAACUUCUAAUGAUGUCUCUGAAAAUGGUUGCUUUGGAAUAUCUGAUGGUGUUCAAAUGACAAGCUCAAGAAAUGGAUGGUCUGCCAUGAUGCAGGGUUAUAAUACUCAUAUGCGCCCACCCACACAGGUGUCUUCCCCUUCAUCAGUGUUAAUGUUCCAGCAAGCAUGCAACCCAAUUUCAAACCCAAGUCCUGCUUACAAUUUAAGUGAUCACGAGGAGCAAGGCAUUGGCAUUCAAAGUUGGUUUCGUAAUUCUGAAACAUGUGAUGGAAAGCGCAUGUCCUCACAUUCUGAGCAUAUUUGCAGAAGGGAUGAUCAGUGGGGCAUCAGUUCGUUUGGUGUAUCUCGUGACCAUAUUCAACAUGGCAUAGCUCAAUCAACAUUUAGGGGUGGUCAUGAUAUAGUGACUUCAUGUAAAAGCAGCUGCAGACUAUUUGGUUUCCAGUUGACUGAGGAUAGGCAUGUUGCUAAUAAGGAUGAUGAUGUCUCCAUUCCUGCAACAUCUCUGAAGCCUGGGUCUUCCUUUCUGCCUCAUGUUGGUGAGCAGUUCCAUCUGAAGCCUCCAGCAAUAACCAAUGCUGUUGGUAGCAAUUGUACUAAAGGGAUUCUGCAACAGCAUCCUGAAAAUUAUCAUAUAUACUAACAAGCUAGUGGUCGCACCUGAGGCUGCAGAAGAGAAUGCCUACGGUUGCGUGGAUAAUACACAUUUUGCUACUUGUGAUGAAAGAAAAAAUGUAAUUAAUCUCUUAAGUUAACCCUCUAACUCGCCUGGCUAUGCCAAAAAGCUUUUUGUACUUGGGUUCACAGUGACGGAUACUUGCUCAACAUGGAAUUGUCAUAUUUUGUUAGUGGAAUUGAUGAUAUAUUGUCUGGUGCUAGCCCGCCAAUGCUGAAAUAUAUAAAUUAUUAAAUAUAAUAUUGAUAAUAUGUUAA